CGUAUUGAGCUAGCGCGAGGCUGUGUACAUAGCUUUUAAAGAGGAGAGAAGCGAGAGCGUAAGACUGCAUACAGGCAAACAAGACAGUUUGAGCUGUGAAUCAUUAAAUACCUGAAAGGCCAAGUGAAAAAAAUCUGUCAGAGGGUGCAAUGGCCAAAGGUGACCCAAGGAAGCCCAAGGGCAAGAUGUCGGCCUAUGCCUACUUUGUUCAGACAUGCCGUGAGGAGCACAAGAAGAAAAGCCCUGAAAUCCCAGUGAACUUUGCAGAGUUCUCCAAAAAGUGCUCAGGCAGGUGGAAGACCAUGUCAGCAAAGGAGAAGUCCAGGUUUGAAGACAUGGCGAAACAGGACAAAGUUCGCUAUGAUCAGGAGAUGAUGACGUACAUGCCUGGCAAAAAGGGGAAAAAGAAGGACCCAAAUGCUCCAAAGAGACCACCAUCUGGCUUCUUUAUAUUCUGCUCUGAGCACCGGCCCAAGAUCAAGGCACAACAUCCUAGCUUGGGCAUUGGAGAGGUUGCCAAGAAACUGGGUGAGAUGUGGAACAAUUUGACCGAUGGCACUAAGCAGCCCUACCUGAUUAAGGCCAACAAGCUGAAGGACAAAUACAAGAAGGACAUGGCAGAGUACAAAUCAAAGGGGAAAGUUACUGGGAUGGGCAUGGGAAUGGCCCCCAAGCCUAUGGUGAAGACUGUAGAGGAUGAUGAUGAUGAGGAGGAGGAUGAUGAUGAAGAAGAAGAUGAUGAUGAGGAGGAGGAUGAUGAUGAGUAAGGUUUUGUAUGUGUGUGUGGGUGUGAAGUUCAUGUGUUUUCUUUCCAGUUGGGAAGGAUUGCAGUAGGGUAAGGGAAACACUGGCUGUGUUUUUUGUUAGGUUUGCCAUUUAUUUACUUCUUCUCAAUGCCUUGCCCCUGGUGUUGUGCACCUGGUGCAAAUGUUCUGCGGGUUCUCGUGUACCAUGAACAGUUUGCAGUUGACUGCAACUGUGAGAACUCAAAAGAAUCCCCCAACUGCGUGUGUGUAUGUGUGUGUCUGCAUGUGUGUUCACACUAGCUGUCCAGUGUCUUCCUGAGCCCUUUGCAUUCCUUCACUGGCUGUGUAACCGCAAGCAUUUAAACCAGUGGUAGCAUUGCAGUAUAUAUACAUAUAUAAUUUUUUUAAAAGAAAUAUGUAAGGUGGUGUGUAUCUGUAUAUGGUUGACCUAGAUUUUGUUUUUCUAUUUUUAAUUCUCAUGAGUUUUAAAUUGCACAUAUCUUGGUUGUAAGUGUGUGGGCACUGGAAACAGUGUUGCAAUGGAACCCAUAGCUCAGUUCACCACAGAAGCAGAUGCUGACUUGUGGAACUACAGUAUAUGAAUGGGCAUGGCUGACCAUCAUCAUUACCAAUACGUUGGAUGUCCACAGCUCGUCUUUUUGUAUGUAGUGCCCUAGUGUUCUGUUGAAUUAUGGGUACAGGGAGAAUGCUAGUGGAAUUAUGUUUUUUUAAAUUAUUCUUAUGAAGUGCAUUUUUGUUCAAGUCAACUGUUGUGAAGUCCUUAUUUUAAAUGCGAAAUGGAAAGUGCAGCCACUGAACUCUGUACUUUGCACCUGUUUUUUAAUGUUUAGAAAUGCUGUUUGCAAUUAAAAUAUUAUUUUUAUAUCUGUGUAAUUUAUUUAACUCUUUCUCUCUGAACCCUUGCUCUUUGUUUAACCAAAUUUCAAGCUCCUUUAAACAUUUGUCUUGGGCUGUUGUUCCUGAGUUGUCUAAAUAUGAACAAAUGGGAUUUAAAAUAAAGAACCCUUCAUACUG